UCAUUUCGAAGCAGAUACUGUACUUGUCUUUUGCCAAGUGUUAUUCGCACGUUACCGAAUGGCGGAUUUAGCGAAAAUCUUCUCUUAUAUUGAUGAACAUGAAAAGAAGUUCAUCGAUAACUUGAGCAAAGCAGUGGCGAUUCCGUCAGUUUCUGCGUCUCCGGAAUGUCGCCCGAAAGUAAAAGAAAUGGUGGAAUGGGCCGGUCGAGAGUUGGAAAGUUUUGGAGCCAAAGUGGAAAUUAUUGACCUUGGAAACCAGACUUUGCCGAGUGGUCUCACUCUUCCGCUUCCCCCCGUUCUGCUUGGGAUUUUGGGUGAAGAUCCGAAGAAAAAAACGUUGUGCAUUUAUGGUCACUUGGAUGUGCAACCCGCCCAAAUUGAAGAUGGAUGGGAUUCCGAACCUUUUGUGCUUACCGAACGCAAUGGAAAGCUUUACGGACGAGGGUCAACCGAUGACAAAGGUCCUGUGCUUGGAUGGUUUCAUGCGAUUGAGGCGUUUCGCGAAACUGGUCAAGAGCUACCUUUAAAUUUGAGGUUCGUGCUGGAAGGUAUGGAAGAGAGCGGAAGCGUGGGCCUGGACGAGCUUCUUCUCAAGCGCAAGGAAUUUUUUGGUCCGGUCGAUUUCGUCUGCAUUUCUGAUAGCUAUUGGCUCGGAACAAAGAAGCCGUGUUUGACUUACGGACUACGAGGAGUAUGCUAUUUCUAUAUCGAGAUCGAGUGCGCUCGUAAGGAUCUUCAUUCCGGGGUUUACGGAGGCUCUAUGUACGAAGGGAUGUCAGAUUUGAUUUACAUGAUGAAUAGCUUGGUGGAUGUCGAAGGAAAAUUGCUGAUCACAGGCAUUUACGAUGAUGUAGCACCUUUGACGGACGAAGAGCGAGAACUUUACAAAGACAUCGAGUUCGAUGUAGCCGAAUUCAGAUCAGACAUUGGAGGGAAGCGUCUACGUCAUAAGGAGGACAAGGGUGAAAUCCUGAUGCACCGCUGGCGGAAUCCAUCCUUGUCAAUUCAUGGAAUCGAAGGAGCGUUUAGUGAAAGUGGAGAAAAAACUGUGAUUCCCCGUAAGAUCAUUGGAAAAUUUUCCAUCAGGAUCGUACCUAAUCACACUGUGGAAGGAGUCGAGCGUUGCGUUGUCAAAUAUUUGAACGACGUUUGGGCGAAGCGCGGAAGUCCCAAUCAGAUGAAGGCGUAUCUGUCACAUGGUGGUAUCCAUUGGCUGUCGAACCCUAGAGACGCUAAUUUUCAAGCCGGCGUUCGUGCCACCGAAAAAGUUUACAAGCAAAAACCAGACUUCAUCCGUGAAGGGGGAUCGAUUCCUGUCACCCUGACUUUACAAGAUGUUUCUGGAAAAAGCGUUCUUCUUCUUCCUAUGGGUGCUGCGGACGAUGGAGCACAUUCUCAAAACGAGAAGAUCGACAUUCGUAAUUACAUCGAAGGAGUAAGCUACAAUUUUGUGAACAUAUUUUUACUUUUUGUCUGUUGA